GUGAAAAAACUGGCAUUCCGGUAGAAAAAUAUAACGAAACCCUAGGUAUAGGAUACCAAAGCAGAGAACGAAAUACUCCACGGAACAGCGAGAAAAUAAAGACGGCGACGGCCAAAUCGAACGGCCAGCAAGUUUUACCUUAUAUUUUAGUGCAUUCUAAAACCUAAAACCUAAACCCUAAAAAACAGAAGGAUAGGAAGGACGACAGGAAGGAGGAAACACAGAGCAGGAAGUAGGGAGGAGGAAGGAGAAAAAACAGAGCAAAAAUGGCGGCCAAGAGAGUGAAUCCCCGAUCCACAAGAAACAAAGAUUUAAUAAGGGGCGUGGGUAGGUUUUCCAAAUCUAAAAUGUAUCAUAAGCGUGGCCUUUGGGCCAUUAAACAGAAAAAUGGCGGCUCAUUCCCGCAACACGGCAAGCCCACAGCAGAGUCAGCAGUCGAUGAGAAGAAGAAGUCUCCUAAAUUUUACCCAGCGGAGGAUGUGCCCAAGCCUCUCAUUAACAAGAGGAAGCACAAGCCCACCAAACUAAGGGCUAGCAUCACCCCGGGGACUGUUCUGAUCAUUCUGACAGGCCACUUCAAAGGAAAGAGAGUUGUUUUCCUUAAACAGCUUGAAUCCGGGCUUCUUCUCGUUACAGGUCCAUUCAAGGUUAAUGGCGUGCCGACAAGAAGAGUGAACCAGGUCUAUGUUAUUGCAACUUCUACAAAGAUAGAUGUGAGCAAUGUUGAUGUUAGCAAAUAUGAUGAUAAGUAUUUUGAAAGGGAGGUUGAGAAAAAGAAGAAGACCGAGGAGCAAUUUUUUGAGGCAGAGAAAAAGGCAACAAAGUCUGUAGCUCCACAUAGAAAGGAGGACCAGAAAGCACUUGAUGAACAAGUACUGAAAGCUGUUGAAGCGGUUCCUGAUUUGAAGCAUUAUUUGUCAGCAAGAUUUUCUUUGAGAUCAGGAAUGAAACCCCAUGAACUUGUUUUUUAAGGGACUAUCAAAAUGAAAGACCAUUUUCCCUGAGUUGAGACAGUUAAUGCGUUUUGGUAGAAUGUGUUUUAGGCAGCUGGCACUGAACUAUCUCUAGCUUUGUUUUGGCUAAAUUUUGUUAUAGCUAUCAGAUUAUUUAAUUGUAAGUUCAUUUAUAGUAAAUUCCUGAGCUUAUAAAGUUUCUUAACUAUUUCUGUCA